UUUGAUUUUUUUCAUUAAAUUAAUUUGUGUUGAAUGGGGAAAAAUUUUAUUUGGAAUGUGUCAAACUAACCUUGUUUUCAAAAGUUUUGGAAAAAUCAUUAACGGCGUCGUAGUUCGAUUGAAAAAACAAUGAAAGAAUAUAUCCUCUCACUUUUCGAAUUAUUCUAAAUUAAAAAAAUCAAUUGAUUUUGAACAAAUUUGUCGACAAAGUAGGCAGGAUAAGAGGAUAUGGGACGUUGCCGACAAAACACAGAGAAGAAAUAAAAAUAAGUAGAAAACACACCGGAAAAGAGUGUUCACUUUCAUCGCGUUGCUUUCAAUUCAAUAUUCAAUCAACAUGGCGGAAAGCGAUGUAUUUGCUACGAUUUCAGGGGCCGCUUUGUCCCUUUUGUUUUACGAGAAUGCUUGCAGUCUCGGUGAUCAGAUGGGAUUUUUGUUGGGUGAUAUGAUGAUGUUUGUGACGAAAAAUGUCACUGAUUCCGAGAGACAAGUUGAAUCCGUUAAACGACAGAUUGAAAUUACGGGCGUUCUUGCUUGCUCUGGGGCCAACCAACUUUUCAACGAAAGUGGAAAACUGCACAAAGAUUUACUCAAAGCAUUUGUCCACUAUCACAGCAAAAAAAUUGUUGGAUGGUUUCGUUUCCGACACAACAAUCGCCCUGUUCCUACUUUUAGAGAUAAAAUCCUCCACAAGGAAUUGGCACAGUACUUCCACGAGUGCAGCCCUCAACUGUCCCAAGAAUACUUUGCAGCGUGUAUUGUAAACUGUACAAAUUCUGAAAAAUCUGGGAUUCACAAAUUCCGGCACGUCUUGCUUCGUUACAAAGACGGAAUUUAUUGUCCAGUACCUUUAAGGAUAAACAGCCUUGGAGAUAACGCAGCUCGCCUCGAAGGAUCAGAUUAUAUACCGAUUCCAGUUACACGAAUUUCCAAGGAGCCAGAUGUGAUCACAAGACUAAUCAGAUCAAUGAAAUUGGAUUUUACCAACAAAAAUGGAAGCCAAAUGGUAACGGCGAUCCAGAAAGCGGCGGAGAGUCACGUGAAAUCGUUGAUUCCAAUAGUGUGCGAAUCUGAUCGUGAAAUAAAAGAAAUGGAAAAUUCAGUUCAAGAAUUACGUUUAAAAAUUAUAAGUAGAGUGACAGCUCAAAAAAAAUGUACGCCUGAUAAUCAGCGUGUAAUCGAGGUUGAUAAUAGAGAAUCUCCAUUACGAAUGGAGGGAGGUGAUUCCAGUAUGGAAAUGGAAAUAAAGGAAGAGAAACCAUCAACCAGAACACGCAGCGUUCAUAACGAGAAAGAAUCGUUGCAUUCCAAGAACAGAGGAAUACCAAGGUCGAACAAAGCGAUAAGAAACGAGACGCACAGUCCUAAGGACUCGGUACAAAAAUCUCCGUCAGCUUACACGAACAUUCAGGCUUCGAGAAGGUCCACCAGUGACGAAGACAUAUUCAAUUCGACCGACUGAUAGUAAGGGCAGCCAUUGCUGGUCUUCAUUCCAUGAACUAUUCUUUGAUUCUCGCUUUUGUAUUGACACGAAAAUGAACGAACGUACAAAAUGUUCAAGUUUAACUAGAUAACUUAACUGUAUUACUUAAAUUUCAUCCAAAGAAAACGUGUGGUUGCAUGACGAAUUUAGUUUUCACGUAUUGGCCCGUACUCUGUUGAACGAUUCGUUGUAAAUAUUUCUUACCCUGAAAUAUAUAUAUAUAUAUAAAAAUCGG